UAGUUGUUACCCCUUCUCCGUCCAAACCCCCGCCGGAAACAACCAUCUCCCCUAACCCUCCGAUCAUGUUUCUCACUAGAUUCAACAAACUCGAGGGUUUGGGGAGAAAUGGUCAAAUCGAUAACGCGGUUAAGAUGUUUGAGAACUUGAAAGAAGGGAAAUUGUGUGACUGUGUGCUGAAUGCUGCUAUUUUCAAAGCGAUGAUCUUUAAUUUUAUAUCGAUUGGAGACAUUGAUGAAUGUUUAAAGUAUAUGUUGAGGAAUAACUGUGAACCAGAUAUUGAUACUUAUGUGACAAUAAUCUUUGCUUUUCUUAAAACUCCAAGGGUAGCGGAUGCACAUGAACUGUUCGAUGAAAUGCUAGAUCGGGAUAUUACGCUCAAUAACCGCUAUCAUUGAAUCGUUAUGUAGUUACGGCCCACCACAUGCUGCCAUGAUGAUAUAUAAGCAAGCAAAGUGUACGAUAUCGUUAAACGCUUAUAAGAUACUGCUUAUGCGAAUCUCGCGAUUUGGUAAAUGUGGUAUGCUUUUGAAAAUAUGGGAUGAAAGUGGUUAUGUUUCUGAUGUACAAGUUUAUGAACAUAUUAUCAACGGGCUUUGCAACAAUGGUCAACUUGAAAACGCUGUGGUCAUCAUGGAGGAUUGUUUGAAGAAAGGAUUUUGCCCUAGUAGACUUAUUUGUGCUAAGUUGAAUAACAAACAAACUGCUUGAUUCAAAUAAAGUUGAGAUGGCUCAUGACGGAAAUAUUGGAGAGCUAAAGGGUGGCACUUUUGAGAUUUCACAAAUAUUUGCAAUUCAGCAACGGGCCUAAGUAUAUUUUCUCAGAAGGAAGAUGGUUUACUUUACGCAGUUACCCAUUGAAGUUGUGGAAUUGAUCAUCAUCAUGUUAGCGAUUUCCUCUAACGGGGUCCGCGAAAUUGCAAACAUUUCCGCAACUUGCCAGCUCUUUAAAAAAAUUACAGAGAGAGCACACAUCCUAAGGGAAGUCAACUUUCAUCGUUUGACUUUGACUGAGAACUUUUCUAUGCACCGUCACCCCAAAGACCUCCUUUGCGUGUGUACCCAAGUUGGAAAUCAGGCUGCCAAGAACAUUUUCGCGAAGGCGCUCUUAUAUAAUGACGAGUGGUUCAAGCAGUUGAUAGUAGUAAGCAAUCAAGAUGCACUUCAUUCAAGGGUUUCAUAUAGUGGGCUUCUAGAUUACCAUUCGAUUGUGAGAUCAUUUAUCCUCCAUGGUAGCUAUGCAGAUUUGGUAAAGAUGUAUGACCACUUGGUCAACUAUGUGCUCUCGUUUGUUGGAUACAAAGUGGCUCGUAGAUUCGGUAUCCUUGAUGCUAUCUACAUUAUGUGUUCUGAAAUGGCUAAAUUACUUCAAGAACAUCGUCGUAGGUGUCUUCCUCCAGUUCAGAGCACCACUAUCCCCGCUAAACAAAGUUAUCAAGUGCGUGAAGAGCGAAAGAAAGUGCUUGUGAUAUUUGAUCAACUCUUUCCAUCCAGACCACCUGUUUGAGUUCUGGAUGGGACUUGUAUCAAUAAUAAUAACAAUAUAUGAAUAAGUGUUGUUAGCAGCAGCAUGUUUGUUA